AUGGCAGCCGUGAGAGGUUUUAAUAUCGUCCAUGCCCUUUUCUUAGUUCUUGCUUGGGAGUGUUGUGCGAGGUUGGGUGCCACUUUUAACGAUGUCACCGGUGUUAUAGGUAAAAGCCGAAACCAUCGGUUUUCUUUUCGUUCAUUUGGUGAUCAUUAUAUUGGAAUCUCGAAAUUUGACCAUACCGCCAUCCAGAGUCCAGAAGUGAGUGUCGACGACAAAGCUUCGUCUUUUCGUAAUGAAAUUAAGAAAGGUGGCGCGGGAUUUGUUGGUCGUGAAGUACCAAAUAUCAAUGGGGGCGGUGGGUAUUCUAAGGGUCAUGAAAUUAUUAGGAAGAGGGGUGGAAACAUUGUUUAUUCUUAUGGUGGAAAAAUUCUUCCUCUUGGUUUGAAGAGAAGUGGCAAUGGUGGAGAUACCAGCUCCAAGGAGCUGGGAGCUGAUGUUUUGGAUGGCGGCAACAUUCGUUUGAAGAGUAGUGACAAUGUUGUUGGUUCUCAUGGUGGAGCCGGCAGCUCCAAAGAUCUGGGAGCUGCUGAUUUGGAUGGUGGAAAGAUUGAUUUGAAGAGUAGUGGAAACGAUGUGGGUUCUCAUGUUGGACACAUCAGCUCCAAUGAGCUGGGAGCUGCCCGUUCGGAUGGUGGACACAUCAGCUCCAAUAAUCUGAGAGCUGCCCGUUCGGAUGGUGGACACAUCAGCUCCAAUAAUCUGAGAGCUGCCCGUUCGGAUGGUGGAGGAAUCAGCUCCAAUAAUCUGAGAGCUGCCCCUUCGGAUGGUGGAGGAAUCAGCUCCAAUGAUCUUGGAACUGCCCGUUCGGAGGGUGGACACAUCAGCUCCAAUAAUCUGGGAGCUGCCCGUUCGGAGGGUGGACACAUCAGCUCCAAUAAUCUGGGAGCUGCCCGUUCGGAUGGUGGACACAUCAGCUCCAAUGAGCUGGGAGCUGCCCGUUCGGAUGGUGGACACAUCAGCUCCAAUAAUCUGAGAGCUGCCCGUUCGGAUGGUGGACGCAUCAGCUCCAAUAAUCUGAGAGCUGCCCGUUCGGAUGGUGGAGGAAUCAGCUCCAAUGAUCUUGGCACUGCCCGUUCGGAUGGUGGACACAUUAGCUUCAAAAGUAGUGUUAAUAUUGUUGGCUUUUAUAGUGGAGAAAUCAGCCCCAAUGAACUGGGAGCUGCUGUUUCAGAUGGUGGAAACAUCAACUCCAAUUAUAUGGGAGCUGCUGAUUCGGAUAGUGGCAACGUUAGUUUAAAUAACAGUGGCAAUAUUGUUGCUCCUCGUAGUGGAGAAUUCAGUUCGAAGAACAGCGACAGUGUUGUCUCAAAUGGUGGCAAAAUUGAUUUGAAGUUGGCUGGCAAUGUUGAGUCUCAUGGCCUUGCAACUACGACCAGUAAUGGCACUGUGGCUGCUACUCAUUGA